GGUCCGAGUUGUGAGGAAGUGUUGUAGAUUUUCACUUCUUCAUAUCACUGUUUCGUUGUGUAUUUACUUGGAGGUUCUUUUCGGCGACUGAAGCAGUGCGGGUUGUGGUUCAGGUUCUUUGAACUUGGCGCAAUCUUGCCGAAACGCCUUCAAUUUUAGGCUAGAGGCCCCGCUGGACUCUCACGUCUUCGAAUCUUACAGAGGUGCUGUUAUACUUAGCGCUUCCCUUCAGUACAUCACAUCAGUAUACUGUUGGCAUCGACAACCUACCGGUGCUUCUGCGAUCCUUCUGUGAGAGUCUCUUUCGACGAAAAGUGUCUUCGAACACUAUCACCGCCUCACAGAAGUGUAGAGCUUGUUGCUGAAGAGGUGACGUUUACAUACGAUUGGAGGAAGUCAGAACUGUACACAUCAUCACGCCUGAGAGCUGAACUUGCUCGAGGGAGAUGGCAGCUGUUGCACGCAAUAAUAUGAGCAAUAUGUUGCCUGGAUACGACAUCUCGUUCCGAAGCUCAUAUUACGGUAAUGGUGUCCACGACGGAGGUGGGAUCGGUGAUUGCAAUAUUCGCGAGGUUGCUGGGUUAGAUAGAUUAGCUCAGAGUACCUCGGAUUUUAAGUCCUUACUGGAUGGUUGUAAUUAUAGGCCCUCAACCCAGACUAUUAAAGAUGAGGGUGUAUUGUGUCGUGACAAGUUAGUAGUUCCUCCUUGCACUUCUCCAUUGAUGAUGGAUGGCUCGACUGCAGUGUAUGAGCCUUCGCCUGUCAUGACAGAGUUUCACUGUGUCGUUCCUCCACCUCCUCAGUUGCCAUCAUCUUACGUGGGGUCGGAUGGCCUCAGCACAUUCAUGGUAGAUCAGCCACUUGGGGUUCAGAAUGUGCAUGACUUGGGUAACGCCGAGGCACUUCUACAGCAACAGUUCACCAACUACUUUCAGGCGGCGCAGUUCAUGCCUCAGCAGAUGUAUCAUCUCCAAGCCUUUCCUCCCUGUCGACAAGAGAUUGACGUCCAGGGUCUUCCUCGGGCUACAUGGAGUUCCACUACCGACCUAGGUCCGCGGGCACAAGUAAUGAAAAAAACUGCGGAGAAGAGAAUCGGUGUGCCCAGGACCAAGUUAUAUCGAGGUGUUCGACAGAGGCAUUGGGGGAAAUGGGUUGCCGAAAUUCGGCUUCCACGGAACCGGACACGUCUUUGGUUGGGAACAUUCGAGACCGCAGAGGAGGCAGCUAUGGCCUAUGACGCAGCGGCGUAUAAGCUACGAGGCGAGUACGCUCGCCUCAACUUUCCUCGGCAGCAAUGUAACUCUGGGAUUCCUGGCGGGGGACAGUCACCAGUUGACGAGGUCGGUGUGCCAUCCGCACUGUCCAGGAGAGGUCCCACUUCCACUCUGACUGCGAAGCUGAACGAGAUCGCUUACCGGAAAGCGCUUUCGGCAAACACGGUUGGGGGCGAACAAAGUAAAGUUCACCCUCCCGUUAAGCCUGGAGAUAUAACCGGUUUGCGUGAUCCCACUCAUCUAGCAGCUCUAAGUUCGGAAGUAGUGGACCUCUGUCCUGUACCUGGUGCGGGUGGUUUGGACUACUCAAAUUUUAGAGACAGUGGUUCUAGCACAUCGACCAGCCCUUGCCAGAGUCCGCCGGAGUCCUCAUCGGCGAGUGAGUUGAGGUAUGUGAGCUCUCCUAGCCCAGACGCGACUGGCGAAUCAUCGGAUGACUUGUAUAACCUUGCAGAUCUUCUUUUGAGCAGUGACCCCAAUGCGGAGGAGCAGCUCGACUGUAGUUGGGAUGUCUUCGGUUUUGGGGUGAAAGACAGUCAAUUCGAUUUGACUGAUUCACAAGGAAGCGAAGACUUUUUGAGAUUUGCUGGUUCUACCAGCCCAGCUGCGACCAAGAAACUUUCUGUUACACCAACAUCAGUUACUAUGAGUCCCCCCCGUAAGUUCAACGUUUGGAGACGUUGCGAAUGAGAAACGCGCACCUUGGCCGACAGUUUUGUUGCCACUUUGGUCCAUGCUGGAACUUUGAGACCUGACCCUUGAAAAGUGAUCUUGACUCAUUUUUUUUUAACCAGUCAAAUCACCCAUUGUAGGAUUUAGUUGACAGUUCUGAAGGUCUCUUACUGAAGUCACGAAUAUUUGGUUGACGAUAGAGUCCUCCCACAUCGAUUCUCUCUUUUUUUGAAGUAGAGCAAGUGGGUUUCGAAGUCAAGGUCUUCAAAGUGACAUAGUGGUUCCUUAGCUGGUGCAUACUGGUGGCCUGCUAAAGCGCCCUGCUCAUUCUUUUGAUAAACUCCGCACAGUCCAUCUGGCGGAGCUGGUCUCCAUUUUAGAACAGUUUCGAGGAGGUGACGACGGCAGACGUGUGGCGGAGGAGUUUCUACAUCGAAUUUGUUGGAGUUGCAUGGGGAAGUGAGUUGAUACUUGAGGCUGGAGGAGGUUCGAAAUCUGAAAGACUGGCAAGUUUUAGGCUACCUUGUAGCUGCUGUGUCUUCAUGAGAUUCUUGUCAAGGUGCUGCUGGACGGAGGAUUAUCUGCAUCGACCAUUACCUGGCAUGUUUUAGGCUCCCAUGGGGCUGCCAGGAUUGCGAAAUCGUCUCCGUGCAUGCUGCCCGACAGAUGAGUCUCUACACCGAAGUCGGUACAUCGACAUGUUUUAGGCUCUGAUGGGGCUGUCAGAUGUUCGACUCAAAUGAAGAACCCCUUUUGCAUGCCUCACUCAAUUAAAGAGAUUCUUCAUCAGGCUCCGCCUGGCAUGUUUUUAGCUCAUAUCGGGCUGUCAGGUGCUCAAAUUCCCACAAGGUUACUCUCUGCCCUGGUGCUAGCCGAUGUGUGCGACAGUACGUUUCUGAACAUUGAAAGCUGGAAUGGAUCAUUCCUGGUGUCGGCGCUGGAGCCGAGCGUUUCCAUAAUGAUGAGCCUCAAUUAGAUGAUUCGUCUGCGAUGAUUGAUUGGUGAGAACGACGUAGUUGAUUGAUUUUUUGAGACAUUGCGUGUGUUAGUUUAGUGUUGUGUUCAUGCUUUCAUUCGUAGAGCUUGCUGUACAGCUUGCUCCGGAAUGAAAAGUUGCUUUUUUAGCUAGUUGGGUUUUGCGAAUAUCAAAUAGGAACAUCCCGGUGUACAGAAAAAUAACCGGUGAUGUUCCUUCCAUGUGUUUCUUUUGUGUUUGUUACUUAGGUUUCAGGUACAUCAGUUUGAUUAUCUGGAAUUGUUCGAGGUUGUCAAAUGUGAACAAUCUUGACAUGACUGCAGCAUGUAACCUUUUCCUGAUAAUGAAAUCCCCUGUUACCUAUA